AAUGGGAGAAUAGAACAAUUUCUGCCGUCCACCACUCUCAAAAACGAAGAUAUACGCAAUCAGGAAAUUUCGCGACGAAUUGGUCGUUUAAUGGCCCAACUUCAUUUAAAGGUUCCUAGACUUUCAACGGGGAAGGUCAUCCCUGAAGUGUGGGCGAACAUAAAUAAGUGGUAUGAUAUGUCUGUCAAGCUAACAACAACUGAAGAUAAAGAGAAGACAGCGAGUAUGGAAAAGCUGAAUUUGGACGCGCUAAGAGGAGAGAUCGAUGAAUUAAUGCGUUAUGUUGAUGUGUUAGAUUCCCCGAUUGUGUUCGCUCACAAUGAUACACAAUACGGAAAUUUUCUCCGUCUUACGGACGGUAGUGAUGAACUCGUAAUCGUUGAUUACGAGUAUAGUGGAUAUAACUACCGCGGGUUCGAUAUCGCAAAUCACUUUUGCGAGUGGACAUACAACUAUCACGCGGAUGAACCUCACAAAAUACAUACUCAUCUUUACCCCACAACCUGCGAACAGAAUAAUUUUAUCCGCGCCUACCUCGAGGUCGAAAGGGGAUCAAGGAAAAACGACGAAAUGGAAGUGGAAUUGGCACGAAGGAGAUUAGAGUGCAAUGUAUUCUCCCUUGCAAGCCACGUAAUGUGGGGAUUGUGGGGAAUUAUCCAACACUAUCAGAGUGAGAUAGAAUUUGAUUAUCUGCAGUAUGCCACUGGAAGGUUGGAGGAAUUCCGACGGAUGAAAGAGGGGAUUUAUAGACAAUUAAUAGAAAGUCAGGGAACAAUCAAAUCUUAA